AGAAAAGGAAAGAAGGAACAACGUGACUGGAUUUCGCAAGUCCUGAGUGUUACAAACUAUCAUCAGCUAUGGAUUUAAAGAAGAAAAAGCUGUUAGGAAUUAUCUUUAUUGUGGCGAAUAUAUUUCACCCCGCUGGAUGUGCACCCGUAUCUUUCAACUUCGAAGGUAUGGUGGUCUCUUGUCCUAUUCCAACCGGGACAUGUUUUGCACAGCCUGAGGACACGUGCUUUCAGAAUGGUGAUUGUUUUGCCGUACAAGGAUAUGCUGCCUUAUGCUGUCCUCAUCAGUGCAAGGGAUUUAAUGUUUGCAAGUCAAUAAAACUGCCAAAAAUAAAAUCAACCACGCAAAGACCAACGACAGCCCAGCAACCAACAACAACUCAAUUACCAACGACAACCCAAAGACCAACAACAACCCAAAGACCAACGACAACCCAAAGACCAACGACAACCCAAAGACCAACAACAGCCCAAAGACCAACGACAACCCAAAGACCAACAACAAUCCAAAGACUAACGACAACCCAAAGACCAACAACAACCCAAAGACCAACGACAACCCAAACACCAACGACAACCCAAAGACCAACGACAACCCAAAGACCAACGACAACUCAAAGACCAACGACAACCCAAAGACCAACGACAACUCAAAGACCAACGACAACCCAAAGACCAACGACAACCCAAAGACCAACGACAACCCAAAAGCCCACAACAACCCAAUUGCCAACGACAACCCAAAAACCAAGAACAACUCAAUCGCGAGCCACAACUCAAUCAACAAAAACAAUGACUCUAACGUCUCAACGUCUUACAACAAUGCAAAAACCAACAAUGACUAACAAACCAACCACAACUAAGAGGCUAAUUACUACAAAACAACGACAGACAAUUAAAACAUUCCCUGUAACUAAAAGUCCAGCGUCGACUCAGCCAGCCACAAGCCCGUCAACGUUUACAUCUGAGCCAAAUAUUUGCAGUACAAGCAGCCCUAAAGAUAUUUUGUUCAUACUUGAUGGCACUCGAAACUACCGAAAAUACUGGUGGGAAACGAGGAAAGAAUGGAAAAAAGUGAAGGCUUUUGUUAAAGAUCUAGCCUUAGAUCUGAAUAAUGGAAAGAACAGAAUUGCUGUCAUGCAAUACGGCGGACUUAUUUCUCCUAGAAUGGCCAUCGAGUUUUCGGCACAGUACGACAUUGUCAAUCGUAUCGGUAGAAUAUCACUUCUUGGUGGAAGACAAAGAAUGACUCACAAAGCUUUAGCACUAGCAAGCAACAAGUUUUAUGAGCUGAACUCUAUUUACGAGCGUUCAGAUGCGAGCGAUAUCAUUGUACUGAUUACGCGUGGCACAUCAUCUGAUAUUACACAAGCCGUUUCCGAGAUCAAAAUGCUGAAGCAUAGAAUGGUUCGAGUCCUUGCAGUUGGAAUAGGAUCCUAUCCACAAUACUUAAAAAGUUCUCUGCAGAAAUUUUCAUCGUUCAAUCAAGACGCGAUUGGAAGCAAGUACAGUGAUCUCAGCAACAGAAAAAUGGACGUUCUUGAAAGAAUAUGUUCCCCAGUCUAUUUACCAGCAUCACCGUCAAUUUGUCACAAGAAAAAGUACGACGUCAGUUUCCUUCUUGACGGAUCAAGAAGCAUUCGCGAAAGUGAUUUUCUCAAAAAGAAACAAUUCCUUCGGCACGUUUUCUAUUUACUAAAGUCGCCUUCUUCUCAACUAAAUUUGGGACUGAUGCAAUUCAGCAUGAUGAAGAAAUUUCAAGAAGUUUUUCCUCUCGAGAAGCAUUCUUUUAACGAAGAAAUCAAAGCACUGGACGAAAUGGAGUUUCACGCAGGAAGCACAACGAUGUUAGGCGAUGCUCUCGAACGAGUUGAACAAAACGUUUUUAAUGGUGAAGGUGGUGAUCGUCCUGAUGUUAAAAACGUACUGGUGAUUUUAACGACGGCGAAGCUCACGAUAUAUGGACUGCAUUCAGAAAAGCAACCAACUUGAAAAAGAAUAACGUUCGAAUAAUUGCAAUCACGGUUAACAAGUAUAAUGAAGUACCCAGUAAUCUUAAAAAAAUAGCCAGUUAUCCUAAAUAUGCGUUGGCCAUUCGAAUGGAUAACAUCGCAUUUUAUGCUGAAAAGCUGGCGUCGUUGAUUUGUCAAGCGAAUCAGUUGUAAAGACCUUCACGAGCAAGCGAUCUUUCAGUUGCAGAAACACCUCGACAAAAAGGCAGAACGAAAACAUAGUAGAACUCUUGUUGUAAAAGGUAUAUUGCAUCUAAUCGAAAAAAACGAUGUAAAAGGCUAAAGCACUUUUUUUCGACAAAAUCAGGAAAACGCGAAUGGAGAAAUUUUUGCAACACUUGAUGAAACUAAUUAUGAAAAAUAGCAACAGUGAGCGCAAAAUUUAUUGUAAAA